GUUCACUUUCUGAUCAGCAUAAGAAAUUAAAUUAACACUCUCUCUACAAAAUCUCAAUAUAUAAGGGACGACAAAAGCGCUAUGCCCGGCAAAAACGUCCGAAUAUAUAAACCCUAAUUCUUUAUUUUACGUAGUGGUGGAGGAGAAGAUGAAGACCACUGCUACCAGUAUUACAAACACUCCUCCGCUUUCAAAACUUGCAAGUGCUCCUAAGAACUUCAAUCACCAGACUACAGAUCACUGUACAAGCCCGUGGUGCUUCCUUUGCACGAUCGAAGAACCGAACCCAUUGCUCAGAAGAGCUAAGCUCAUAAGAUGCUUCAAGGAUAUCCCUCUGCGGCACGACCUAGAUCACGUCCUCGCACUGAGUAGCAUGUGGCACAUGGCCAUGAACCAGCCAGACGAUCCCGAGCUCCCUUCUCUCGGCAUCUUCACUUGCAUGGCGAGACUGAUCCACAAAGGCGUCACCGACAAGGAAUGGCUCUUGAGGGACCACAACAUUUACAUUCCAUACUACGCGGCUCACAUAGUGGGGACUUACACGAUGAGUAGGGCCAAGUUGGCGGAGAUGGCCAUUCGUUCGGGUGUAGUCCCCCCCUUGAUCGAGCUCUUGAGAGGGAGGAUCAGCUGGGUGGAGCAGCGGGUGGCAGUCCGAGCACUGGGUCACUUGGCGAGCUAUGACGCGAUUUUUGAGUCCUUAGCCGUGUACGAGGGAGAAAUCAUCAGAUUGGCCAUGGAGUUAGCUAGGACUUGCCUUAGGGUUGUGUACAGUAGCUUUGUUGGUGUGAGUGAGAGUAAAAGGUUAAAGUACCUCUGUGACUUGUUGACUAGAGGAGUGGGUGGGUUAGAGACGGAGAACAGGAAGGCUGAGGAAUGGGCUAGUCAAACUCAAUGUUGGUCUCUCUACCUCCUUAAUUGCUUUGCCUCCAAGGAAAGGGCUUUGGACCUCAUCUGCAAACAACAGUUCUUGGCCGAGUUGUCUAGCAUGUGGGGCGGGUUGGUCAAUCACUCGUCCCCUGCGGGUGUCGGUACAAUCAGAAUCUUAUGCUAUAGCAAGCUCGGGAGGGACAGGGUCGCGGAAUGCCAGAAGGUCGUGGAGUGCCUGUGCAACCUAUCGAGGUCCUCCGACGACUGGCAGUACGUGGGCAUCGACUGCCUCCUCUUGCUCCUCAAGGAUGUGGACACGAGGUUUAGAGUUUUCGACAGGGCUGUGCCGUGUCUGGUGGACCUGGCUGAGCUGAGGGGGCGACUUGGGAACAGGUCUAACUUGGGAGAGGCAAUAACGAAGACCCUCCUAGUGAGCCACCCGAGGAGUACGGAAAUCAAGCUACCGUCCCAGUUCAAGUACACCAGCUGCAAAGCCACCCAAAGGGCACUUGAGGAGCUUUGGGACAUGAAAGUGGAGAGGAGGAACAAAGAGAGGAGGAGCCUUGCGUCCCAAGAAAGGAUUGAGGAGAGGAGGGUUUUGGUAGGUUUGAUAAGGCAACGAGGGAGCCAUCUCUUUUGGCUAGGGAAAGUGGAGAAGGCCAUUGAAAAGUACAGUGAGGCACUAGACAAGUGCCCAUUAGGGUUGAGGAAGCAGAGAAUGAAGCUUUACAGCAAUAGAGGGCAGUGCCAUCUGGUCCUUGGGGACCAUGAUGGUGCAAUCCGGGACACAACCAGGGCACUUUGCCUGUCUGACCCGCCCAAUUCGCACGGGAAGAGCCUGUGGAGAAGAUCGCAGGCCUACGAUAUGAAAGGCAUGGCCAAGGAGAGCUUGAUGGACUGUGUGAUGUUCAUCAACAUAGGAUCCUUGGACAAGGGAGGCAAGCGCACAAAGAUACCAUACUGCGUUGCGCGUAUGAUCAGCAAGCAGAUGGAGGCCUCAUCUCUGUUUUCUAGGACCUGCGAAUUAGAACAGAACGAUCGGCAUCGAAUCCACGGCCAAAUGAGCUUGGGAUCGUGCUCUCGGGCCUCAUAAUGUUCUACCCAGCAAGUCGAUAAGGAAUGAGUCUUUAGAAGGUGGCGAUGAAGGCUGCGCGAGGAAAGCAUGGGCAUGGUGAGGGAGAAGAAACCAUAUAUCAUUUACCACACAACAAAAUUGUAUCUGCUUCUCAAGGUAUUGCGAGACAAUUACAGUGUGUCGAAUAUAUUUGGCACAUUCUUCAUAUGAAAAAAAACUCAACGGAUUGUCUUCUA